UCCACUUCUCAGCCAAUUCGAAUCUCCGACUUCUGAUCAAAGUAAAGUCGUCAAACUGCCAACCCAAGCUUGCCUUUGCUCGCAGCCUCGCCCUCACCAGUCACCAUUCGCGUUCUCACUCGCACUUGUCGUUGCCCGUUCGUGUUCUCGCCGUGCUCGCCUUCCGCGUUCUCUUCUGGCUCACUCAAGCUUCUCACCUCUCCUCUCCUUGCACUUGGCCUCUACUUCCUGUGCUUCUCGCCGUCCGUCGGGCUCGAGCUUCUCACUCUAUUUCAUGUGCUUUGCUUAUCUUUGCUCCAGGCUUGUGCUUCUGCCUUCUCGCCGUCCGUUGGGUGCUUCUACCUUCUUGCUCCUCUGUGAACUUGUAUUUUAGUUUUUGCUUAAUCUAACCUCUGGAUACAAUUUGAAUGGGUUGAAUGAUUGAUCCCCAAGAUAAAAUCUAAAUUUAUGAGUAAUUCUUGCUGAAUGGGUUUGAAUGGGUUGCUCAAUCUAAUCUAAUACUUGCUGCAUGAUUCGGAUGGGUUGAAUGGGUGAAUGAUUUGAAUGGUUAAAUGAUUAGAAGGUGCAUACUGCUGCUGCAUAGAGUUUUCAGAAAACGCUUGCCAUGAGAGCAAUAAGUUCUCUCCGAUCACUUCGUUCAAAUUUGAAUUUUCAAGCUUCGCAAACUCAAAUUUUAUAUAUCUCGAACAUCUCCAAUUCAUCAAAGCUUUGCCGGCUUCAGAAUGCCCAAGAAAUUUCGAAUGAGCGGCCAGACGCUAGUAGCGUUGGUGCACUCUUCAAUGAUAUCACUGAAAUUUUUGGUGCCAAUUACCCGAUUACAGGUGAUACCUUAUCUGAGAUACUGAAAUCUGGGGAAACUCAUAGUAAUGAAGUAGACUCUGAAGUUUACUCGGCUUGUAGGCAGAAUGUUUGUAGAAAUGCCAAAGAGAAUAUAUUGCAAGAGAAAGAGAAGAAUUUUAUGGUUCUAAGUGAUGCCCAGUUAGGAAAUUUGGACGAAGAUGAUGUGAGCCAAGUAGUCGGUGAGAUUACAAGAAUUGUUCGAGCAGAAAACAAUUUGGCUUCCAUGGAAGAGCGGUUAGAUAAUUUGAACUAUGUGUUGAAACCAGAGAUUGUUGAGAAAGUGUUGAAAAGGUGCUUCAAGGUGCCGCAUUUGGCUAUGAAAUUUUUCAAAUGGGUGAAGCUCAAGGAUGGUUUUAGUUACACAGCUGAGAUUUACAAUACUGUAUUGCACAUUGCUGGAGAGGCAAAAGAAUUUAGGUUGGUUGAAAAGUUGGUGCAGGAAAUGGACAAGUAUUCUGUUAACAAGGACAUUCGUACAUGGACCAUUCUCAUAUCCCAGUAUGGGAAGGCAAAGCGGAUUGGUGAAGCAUUGUUGGCCUUCAAAAAUAUGAAAAGAUCUGGUUGUGAACCUGAUGCUACUGCCUAUAAAGCCAUAAUAAGUUCACUUUGUACUGCUGGAAAAGGCGAACUUGCCUAGUUCUAUAAGGAAAUGGUAGAUAAGGAUAUGGUACUUGAUAUUGGAGUGUAUAAGAUGCUAAUGAACUGCAUGGCCAGAUUAGGAGAUAUUACAGCCAUUCGUUUGGUUGGAAAUGACAUGAUAAGGUUAUCUCUGCUUCCAGAAAAUAGUGUUCAUGGUUGUGUGCUGAAGAGUUUUUGCAAUUUUGGGAGAAUUAAAGAAGCUUUGGAAUUGAUCCAGGAGCUUAAAAACAAGGAUUUGGCACUUGAACAUGAAUAUUUCAAGACCUUGGUGAGAGGACUAUGCAAGGCUGACAGAAUUGUUGAUGCUUUGGAAAUGAUUGAAAUUAUGACGAGAAAGGGAAAUAUUGAUCACAAGGUUCAUGGGGUCAUCAUAAAUGAAUAUUUGCAGCAAAAUCAGGUUCAGAAGGCACUUGAUGUAUUUCAAAGUAUGAAAGAAACUGGCCAUGCUCCUCCAAUUUCCACCUAUACUAAACUGAUGCAGCAUUUGUUCAGGUCGAAUCAUUAUGAAGAAGCCUGCAAGCUGUAUGAUGAGAUGCUGGGAAGAGGGAUGAAGCUUGAUGUUGUUGCAAUCACAGCUAUGGUUGCAGGUCAUGUUUCCCAUAAUCGUAUAUCUGAAGCAUGGAAUCUCUUCAAGAGAAUGGAAUACAAGGGCUUCAAGGCCACUUGGAAAUCAUAUUCAGUAUUUAUCAAGGAGCUUUGCAAGGCUUCAAGGACAGAUGACAUUGUCAAAUUAUUAAGUGAAAUGAUGGCUUCAAAGAUUGUAAUUGGAUAUGAAAUAUUCCAUUGGGUUAUGACUUAUUUGGAAAAGAAGGGGGAGUUUGAGGUGAAAGAGAAAGUCCAACAGAUGUAUAGAGCUUCUAAACUUGAUCCUCAGACAUAUGAGGAAUCCAGAGAACAAGCAUCUGUAAAAACUAAGGUUGAUGUGGGUGUGAUACAUCACCAACCAAGGCCGGAAAAAGUGGAUUACUGCUUAGUAAAUCCACAAGUUGAGACUCAUACAGAGCAGGAUGUUCAAGGACUCUGUAGAGUUCUUUCAUCCUCCAUGUGUUGGUCCUCGAUCAUAGAAAAAUUGGAGAAAAGCACCAUUAAAUUCACCCCAGAACUUGUUUUGGAGAUCUUGAUCAGUUGCAACAUGCAUGGUGGCAAUGUGUUAAAAUUUUUCUCAUGGGUGGGAAAGCAAAUUGGUUAUAGACACAAUACAGAAACUUACAACAUGGCGAUCAAAAUUGCAGGGAGCGGGAAAGAUUUCAAGCACAUGCGCAACCUAUUCUUUGAGAUGAGAAGAAACUCUUAUGUGAUAACAUCAGAUACAUGGACAAUCAUGAUAAUGCUUUAUGGUCGAACAGGUUUGACACAAAUGGCUAUGGAUUGUCUUGAAGAGAUGAAAGCUGAUGGUUAUAGUCCAAGCGGGAGUACAUACAAGUGUUUGAUUAUUGCCCUUUGUGGGAGGAAAGGUAGGAAGGUUGAUGAAGCAAUCAAAAUCUACAAGGAGAUGAUUUCUACAGGAUGUGUUCCUGACCAAGAAUUGGUUCAAACUUACCUGGGUUGUUUAUGUGAAGUUGGCAAAAUUUUGGAUGCUCUAGGAUGCAUAGAUUCUCUUAAAAAAAUCGGCUAUACUAUUCCUCUCAGCUAUGCCUUGUUAAUUAGGGCUCUCUGCCGAGCUGGAAAAGUAGAAGAAGCUCUCAAAGUAGCUGAUGAGGUUGGAAAAGAGAAGUCUACUGUAGAUCAAUUAACCUGUGGAAGCAUUGUCCAUGGUUUAUUACGCAUGGGAAGAUUAGAAGAGGCACUAGCAAAGGUAGAUUCCAUGAAAGAGGCAGGCAAAACACCUACCUUCCAUGUUUAUACAUCCUUGAUAGUUCAUUUCUUUAAAGAGCAGCAGAUAGGAAAGGCUACAGAAAUUUUUGAGGAAAUGCGACGGGCUGGUUAUGAACCAACACUUGUUACUUAUUCAGCACUUAUACGUGGUUACAUGAAUGUGGGGAAGGUUACUGAUGCAUGGAAUAUCUUCUACCUUAUGAAAUGUAAAGGUCCAUUUCCAGAUUUUAAGACAUAUUCCAUGUUCCUUACUUGCCUUUGUAAGGUUGGUAGAUCUGAAGAAGGCUUGCAGCUAAUAUCUGAAAUGCUAGAUAGUGGGAUUAUUCCCAGCACUAUUAACUUUCGAACUGUAUUUUAUGGGUUAAACAGAGAAGGCAAACGAGAUUUAGCUCAGCUUGUAUUGCAGCAAAAGUCAGAAUUAAUAAGAAAGCGCAAGUUGAUAGUUUAAUUUCUUUCAUUAGCACAUGAACUGUUGAUGUCAUCGGAUUGAAUUUCAAAGAUUCUCCUUCAAACAGGAUUUAGAC